AUGGCUGACUCAGCAAACGAAAACAACACUUCUGGAGACAGUGGAAACAACAAAGCCAAGAGAAACACAAUAAUCGGAAUUAUUGUAUGUGUGGUUGUUAUCACAAUUAUUCUUGCCAUCGGUGCCAAGAGAGGAUGGUUUGGAGGAAGCAAUGGCGGAGCUGGAGGUUCUCCUAAGGGAGGAAAGGUUGGAGAUUUGUCUGAAUCAUCCAAGUCUAAGCUAUCUGAAUCCAAUAAAAAGAACUCAGCCAAGAGCAGUGGAAAGGAAGAUGAAGAAAACAGUACCAGCGGUGGUAUGGGGCAGUCUUCCAAUCUUUAUGGAUAA